AUGUACGGUCAUUAUGCUUUCACCGGCCACGAAAAAGCUUGGAGUGGCGUCGACCGCCGGAAUAAUUGCAACCGGGCGGAGGGCGUGGGGGUGCCCAGCGCGCCCUUUUUGCCGCCCCUCGGGUCAUUAGCGGAUUUAAGUCGCGGAGUAUCGACAGAUCGGGCGGAGACUGGAGGGGCGCCGGUGAGAUUAUUGGGCCCAAUCUCGCGUUUGAAGCGAGGGGCCGAGUUAUCUUUAAGUGACUCCGGGAACUGCGUUGAAGAAGGUUACGCAACU